AUGGGUAAAAAGACUAAAAUCGGAAAGCAGCGUCGUGAUAAGUAUUAUAAACUUGCCAAAGAAGCAGGUUUUCGUUCUCGUGCUGCUUUCAAGUUGACUCAGCUUAACAAGCGUUUCGAGUUUCUUCAAAAUGCAAGGGUAACUGUCGAUUUGUGUGCUGCUCCAGGAGGAUGGAUGCAAGUUGCUCAACAGAACAUGCCUGUCUCCAGCUUGAUUAUUGGAGUUGAUUUGGCACCCAUCAAGCCUAUUGCUAAUUGUAUUGGUUUGCAAGGAGAUAUUACAACUGAACAGACAAGACAAGCUAUUAAAAAAGAGAUGAAUAACUGGGAUGCUGACUGCGUUCUCCAUGACGGAGCUCCAAAUGUCGGUAUGAACUGGAUUCACGAUGCUUUCCAACAGAAUUGUCUCGUUUUGUCUGCUCUCAAGCUUGCUACUCAAAUUCUUCGUAAAAACGGUACUUUCGUAACAAAGGUUUUCCGUUCGAACGAUUAUUCCUGUCUCAUCAAAGUUUUCGAGAAGCUUUUCAAGGAAGUUCAUGUAUGGAAACCUGCCGCUUCUCGUCUUGAAUCUGCUGAGAUUUUCGUUGUUUGCGAACGAUAUUUAAAACCAUCGAAAGUGCCUUCUGAGUAUCUUGAUCAUAAAAAAGUUUUCUCUGAUCCUCAUCAGGAGAAUGUCAAAGCUAACCCUCAAACUCUUCUACUUAGCAAAAGGAAGGAGAGAAAGGCUAAGGCUGAAGGUUACGAUGAUAGUAGUUUAACUGUCUACACGGUCGUGGAUGCCACUGCAUUCAUCCAAUCGAAGGAGUAUCUGGAUCUGCUUGCCAGUAACAAUAAAAUUAUCCUAGAUCAGGAAAAAUGGAAAACUCAUCCUGCAACUACUGAAGAGAUCGUAGAGAACAUGAAUGAUUUGAAAGUGUGUGGUCCAAGAGAGUUAAGAGUCCUUCUUAGAUGGAGAAAAACAAUGAGGGAUUUGUUAGACAAAGAAGCUGCAGAGCUGGAAGAAGAAAAUGCGGAAAAAAUAGAAGAGAAGGAAUUGAAUCCAGAGGAAAUUGAAGAUAUGGAAAUGGCUGAGAUCGAUGCACUCAUCGCUAAAGCUUCUGCUGAAGAAAAAACAGCCCUUAAGAGGAAGAAGAAGAAGAUGCUUAAAGCUAAAGCUGAUGUGAUCAAGCGACGUGAACUGAAAAUGAUUAUCAAAGGCGAUCAGCCUGAUAUCAUAGAGGAUCUCGAAAUUUUCUCUUUGAGAAAAAUCGCUAAAGCUCGAGAGCUCCAAGCUAUCACUAACACUGAUGUCGACACUCCCAGCAUGGCUGGUCUAGGUUAUGAAAUGGAUGAUGAGGAAGGCCUCGGUGACGGAGAAUGGGAAACCAUUGGUGGAGCAGAAGAUGAGGAGGAAGAAGAUGAAUUGGAAGAUUAUGAUGAAAAUGGUCUUCUUGUCUCAGCUGAAUCUUUCAUGGGAAAAGCAGAAAAAGUCAAAAGUAAAACUGAUCAGUGGUUUGAAAAGGAUGAAAUUGCGGGUCUCAUAUCUGACGAUGAUGACGAAGAUCAACUCGAUGCUAUCGAGAAGAUCAUGAAAAAGAAUAACAAGAAUCUUCACGAGAACACUGUUACCUUCGAUGACGAAGAAAUGCUUUCAAAAGAUUCAUUAAGAGCAAAACGUAAAAAUGAUAAUAUCGACAGUUUCAAUAAAAAGGAUGAGGAAGAAUCUGACGAGGAUGAUGAUCAAGAUGAAAACGAAGAGGAGGCAGUUGCUGGGUCCAGAUUCGAUGCUGAAAUGGAUUGGGAAGAAGUUGAGGAUGAAGAAGAGGACACACGAGCGACCAAACGUGAUGUUUCCAAACCAACCAUUGGCGAAGAUUUGAAGCCUAAAGCCAAAAAGAGAAGAUUGACUCCUGAGGAACUGGCCAUAGGAGAACAACUAAUUUACUCCAGUAAGAGAGCUCGAGAACUCGAGGAAUUGGGUUGGAACAGAUAUACUAAUAAUGAUGAAGGACUUCCUGAUUGGUUUGUGGAAGAUGAGAAGAAACAUAACAAAAAAGAGUUGCCUGUUACAAAGGAACAAGUCCAGCGGUACAGAGAACGCUUAAAAGAAUUGAACGCUCAGCCUUGUAAGAAGGUAGCCCAAGCUAAGGCUCGUAAACAGAAGAAAUUGAAACUUAAAAUGGAGAGAGCAAAGAAACAAGCUGAAGGAGUUGUUGAGAACGAAAACUUGGAACAUGGUGAGAAGAUUCGUGAGAUGAAGAAGAUUUACGCUAAAGCUCAUAGAAAGGAGGAGAAGAAGGUUGAGUUAGUCCGAAUGACUAAAGGAACCAAGGGAAGAAAACAACGACCAAACGGACGUUAUAAGCUUGUCGAUAGUCGCAUGAAAAAAGAUUUGCGUAGUGCAAAAGCAAAAGAAAAAACUAAAGGAAGAGGUAAAGUUGGUAAAGGAAGUAAAGCUGGUAGAGGUGGCAAAUUCGGUAAACCCCAGAGACGCUAA